CUCGCAAGUCGGACGCGAGCAGUCAGUGCCGAGCUCUCGCGCUCGCUCGACGUCUCGUUACGUUAUCGUACACCCACCAGUCCUGCGAUACAUAUUUACGCGUGCGACGAUACGUUCGUAUCCGAGUCCUUCGCGAGUCUCUUUUGAUCACGGGCCAGCGGGCCGAUAAGCGGGCCCGAAAGAGCAGCGGCACACUGCGGCCGAGUCUUCAUGAGGGCCUUCGUUCAGCGCCGCAAGGAGCGAGGAUGACGUCGACUUGCACGAAGACGAGCCGAGUGAGAAUGCGACUCGCCAUCGCCGUCUGCUUGCUCGGCUCCUUGAUCAUUGGCGCGCAGGCCGAUCUCGAGUUUUACAACCCAAGACCUGCCGAGCCGAAAGUCGGCGGGAGCAGCAGCAGCCUCGAACAGCUCGUUCGUUAUCUCGAAUCACGGCGUCAGCAGCGCAGCCAUCUGUCCCAUGCUCCGCUCCAAAUCGACGAGGACGACAACGACGACGACGACGACCCCGAAGGUGGCGAGCUCAGCGAGGAGAACACCGACGACGGCGACGAAGACGACGAAGAGCAGCAGCAGCAGCUCCGACGCCGACAGCAGCACCUGCUGAGCCUGGCGCUGCAGAAGCAGCGGGGACUCUUCAGGGACGAUCUGCCGGAGAGGCCGAGCAUCAUCGACGCGCUCCAGAGGGAGGCCCAGCGCGACCCCCUCGAGUACGUGCGCGAGCUCGACAGGCAGAGGCUGCUGCCCUACUUGGAGUACGAGCCCGCUCCGAGGGUCAAGCCUUAUCCUCUCAAGGACGAGAUGAGGGCGCGCUUGAUGCCGUCGCAACUGGGAAGCGAUCCUCGCCUCGACUAUCCCGAGCCCCAACAGCAGCAGCAGCAGCAACACGAAGUGGCCAAACAUCCCUCCUUGGAGUCCGUCCUGGCGCGUAAGCUCGAACUGAUGGCCGCCAUUGCAGCCGCGGCACGCAUGCAUCAGCUCCGGGAGCGGCUUCAGCAGCAGCAGGACGAGCAGCAGCAGGCCAGACGUCGUCAGCCCGAGUUCACUUUCUCCUUCGGCAAAGUCGCCACUGGGACGGAUGACGACACGCCCAGGCCCUUCGCAGUGGCUCCCAACGAUCCCCGAUACUACGAGGAGGAGCCUCCACUCGUUGAUCAACAUACGGACGAGGAAACGUUGAAAAUGUCGCGAUUCGAUACUCCGGCCGAGCAACAUCAGUUGCAGCAGCAACAGCAAAAGCAAAAGCAAACUAUAGCUUCGGAAAUGCAAGACGAGAAUUCGGAUUUGCAAGGGCCGCGGCAGAGCAUAAGUGUUACGAAUAAAGCGAUAAUCGAAGCGACCACAUCACGGAAAAUAUGGAAGAGCGCGAGAGACGAAAACGAAGCCGAUUGGCUACCGGAAGUCAAUGUGGGACCGGUCACGAGCUCGUUCGCCUUUGGCAUGCUGCCGGAGCCGCAGAGGCGUGCCGAGCACGAUCCUCUCGUCGUUUCGCUCGACAAGGACGGGAGCAACCGAGAUCUAUACUUCAUUGUCUUGGUUGCGGGUUGCAGUGCUGCGGCGAUGUUCGCCCUCGUCCUGAUCAGCUUGACUUGGUGCAGGCUGAGACGAGAUUCAAAGGCUGCCGCCGACGUGGAUUACCCGGCUUACGGCGUCACGGGACCGAACAAAGUAGUCUCGCCCUCGGGAGAUCAGAGACUCGCUCAGUCCGCCCAGAUGUUCCAUUUCCAGCAUCAGAAGCAGCAGAUCAUCGCUAUGGAAAAAUCGAGCAAUCAGGAAGCGGGCUCGGUUUCGGAGCCGGAGAGCGACGAGGAGAAUGACGAGGGUGACUACACGGUCUACGAAUGUCCGGGUUUGGCACCGACCGGAGAGAUGGAAGUUAAGAAUCCGCUCUUUCACGACGACUCCGUCACGUCGCAGAAGUCAAAACCUCGUCCCAAUGGCAAAGACGCUUAAUUAACGAUUGAUUGCUAUAACACACACGAGCCACAUACAGACACACACCUCAAGUACCUGUAGCUAGACUAAUUGCCGAGUACAAUAAAAAACAAAUCAACAAACCAUAUAUGCAUACGACGAACUUAAGUCAACGCAAGAGACGCCAGUCCAACUAUAUAAUCUACUUCAAGAAAAAAAUCGUCCUUAAAUAUUAAUUGAAUGUUGUGAUGGGAUGUUGACAGCGUGUAUCUUUCUUUCUUUCUUUUUCUUUGCUACUCGUCUAUUUAUUGUGCACUGUGGCCGUAUCUUAAUUGUUCGUGUUAGUCUGCGAGCUGAUGCAGUUCGUAUAAUGUCCCGCAAUCAGAAAAAAAAACCAGUGCAGUAUAUACUUACAUAUAGAGAGCAGAUACACGAGUACUAAUUGUCGUCGUAUAGCUAACAAAAAAAAUUAUGUGUUAUUGUGUCAGUGUCAUGCAUGCGUAUAUCUUACUCGAAUUUUGUUCAAAAUUCAUAUCUUUACCAAAUCAUACGCUGGCGAAGCUUUACAAAUUCUAAAGACUAUAAAAUCGUCGCCCCGAGCGAUAUAUUUAAUUCGAUAAACGAUCGAUGCUCCAAAUUUUACCUUAUGUACCUCUUCCAAAAAAUAUGGGCUUUCGUAUGAAUUAGGGUCUUAGAUAGAACCUUGCAUUGGCGUCCAUUAUACAUGUCUAUGGCUAGCUAAAGCUGGAGACACCGACUCAUAGCUUAUUACUGUGCAUUAUUGAAUUUAAAAAUCACGUUGAGCUAUAAUUUAAUGCAGACAUUUCUUCGCCAAAUACUUUCUAUUGGACAUGUAUUUGUGAAAACAAUCAAGCAGCAUUCUACGAUCAUAUUAUUUCUUCAAAUUAAAAUUAUUGCUCGAAACUGUAAAAAAUGAUAUCAUGAAUUCGCGAGGGACAUUCUAUUAACAGUAAAAUAUGUGUGGAUCUUUUAAUUAGCGUUAAUUUUUUUCUAAUGUGUAUUGGUAAUUUUUCUAUUUACAUCGAAGGAUAAAAAGCAACAGAGCAGUCCAUGAAAGUGCCAAAAUAUGGCAUGCUGCCUUACACUCAAGUUUAUUUUUUUACCAUUCAUAUCGAUCAAUUAAAGGCAUCAAAUAAUUGUUUAAUGUUUUGACUAAGGAUUUUUUCAUUGAAAUAAAAGGUCUAAAAAUUAUUGAUGAAUAAUGUCAGAAAUGAAUCCAACCGAUCAGCGCUGGACGCUCAUGAUAGAAGAAUAUUGUUGCAUUGUAAGAUUUGAUGGAUUAGAGGAAUGGACAAAGUUUAAAUGAAUUGAUGCAAUUGCUUCGAAGAUAGAAAAACUUAAUUACGCAAUAUCUUCAUUUAAUCCAGUUGAUUGACAUUGCCAUUUUACGGAAUUAUUUAUUUUCAAAAAAUUUUAUUUAUUGAAAAAUAAUCUAUAAAGGCUAUUGAAAAAGGAAAUUAAAUAAAAAAUGUUUAUGAAAGUAAGGUUUAUAAAAGGAAAAGAUAGAGGCAAAAAAAAACAAUUUGAAAGCUCUUUUACAUUUUUAUGUUUCGAAUGACUGAGAAAUAUAUCUAUUUGAGAAAAGUGUUUAUUUUUCAAAAUGUAUACAGCUUUGAUGCUUGUAGUCAAGGGAACCUAACACUGUACAAUAGAGAGAAUAAGUGAGAAGAUAUAUAAGGCAAACCAGGUUCUAGUAAACUAAAUAAAUUUUGCAAGUGUAUUUAUUGUGGACCAUGUUUUUUACACAAACUAUGAAGUAAUUGUAUAUGCGCACUUUAUUAUUUUAAACAUACUACACUAUAUGUCUGAUGAAAUAUGAAUAACUUGAGUCAAACAAAAACUUUAGAAAAAACAUUCAUGAUUAUCUAUACAUCUGCUGUAGAUAUCUUUUAGAUGAAGUUAUUGAUAAAUUUGAAGGAAUUUUUUGACUGAUUAAUUAAAUUUCGAUUUAUUCAUAUUAUCAUGAUUAUUUGAAAAAUAAAAAAUAAAUUAAUAUUCGAUUGACUCGAUAACUUUCCGAUAUCAUACAUAUGUAGAAAAAAAUAUCAAUGUACAAUAUCCUAAAUAAAGUAAAAAAACGAGAGGAACUAUAACUGUUGGCUGGUCAUCCAGGUAAUAAAGAUUUUCAUUCUAUUGAGAAA